AUGGAGCUGUUACGACAGAACAGCCAUGGAAAAGGAAAGAUAGAGACAACAGGAUCCAGAAAUGGACAAGAUAAGAGGAGGAAGGAAAUCACGGAGUAUGCAACAGGGGGGAAAGGGGUUCUCAGACCCAUUCCGGGUGCUUUACCUAUCUCAAUGAAGGGGCCCAUUAAAGAUACGGCCCAAACCAAGAAAAAGGAAACAAAAGAUGGGCCUAGGGACGGGGGAUCGAGUUCUCCGAGAGACGCCUCAAGGCCGAAACCCAACACCAGCCCAAGUAUUUAUAGCCCACCAUCUACUAACGUUAUUGCUGGCCCAAAUGCAACCACCAUCCAUGUUGUGAAUGUUCCCCCAAUUGAUAGACAGAAGGCGACGAAAUCCACCCAGGAAACCCCUUCGACGGCGACCAGGACCAAGAAUCAGAGCAUUCGGAAAAAGAAAAGACUCAAGUCGCCAAAAAAGCUGCCGGUGACAGCCACCUCGAAGGCCUUGUAG